CAUCUUCCGCUUCAUCGCCUGCUCAAGAUGAACUUUGCGCCUUACCAGGACGAGUCCCCCGAGGUGGAACGCGCCUUCUCGCCGUCGCUGGCCGACGCGAAUCGCAUCAAGUCCCCCAAUCUUCGAUCGCCUCGCGGAUCUCCUCCCGUCCCCGGACUCGCUUCACCGGGGCUCCCCUCCCCCAGUCAGUUCGCCGGUGCGGGUCAUAUAAACACCAGUGGACAUGGAAACACGGGAUUUGGCAAUGAUGUGGAGAGCGGUCGUUGGAAUCUCGGGGCUUUCGACACCAGUCUCCCCAUCCGUAUGGAUGUUGAAGCUAUGCUGGCAUAUUUGCUUCUGCCUCCUGCCGGUGGUGUCUUCCUCCUGUUGGUAGAACACAAGAGCGACUAUGUUCGCUUCCACGCCUGGCAAUCGAGCAUGCUUUUCACCGUCAUGUUUAUACUCCACCUAAUAUUCUCCUGGUCAAGCUUCUUCUCAUGGCUCUUGUUUAUCUGUGAUAUUUCAAUGAUCGGUUUUCUCAGCAUGCGGGCUUAUCGAGAUGUUGACACUCUCGAACAUUUCGAAGUCCCAAUCUUUGGCCGACUGGCCAACUCCUUUGUUGACGAUGAAUGAACUCUCUAUAAUAACUGCAUGAUAUUGCUCUUCACAUGAUAUGUGUCCCGAGGCUGCUCGCCUGAUGCUUCUUAAGCCACCUUGCCUGGACAAUCUUCCUGAUCAAGGACUGGUGAGCCUUCCAUUGUACAGUGUCAAUUGAACAUAUUGCGGAACCUCUUAUGUCUUUAUAAUCUGUUAUUUGCUGGCCUGCUGUGCAUGAUGCUCUGCUAUGUAUUCCUGUCACUACCCAUCAUGCUGUCUUCACUUGAAUUGUAAUAUCUCUUUAUCACACCUUUCUAGCUGCUCCAUACCGUGCUUCGUCAAGUUCCG